GAAGUAAAUUUACCACCACCUCUAGUUUCCGCAACCAAAGAAGAAAUCAAAUCAUUCAAGUUUGAAUCAUUUGAUACGUUACUAUGGUUUACCAGAACACCAUGCUUGUUUGUUGAUCAGGCUUCCUCACUAGCUUGUCACUUUUCCAACACAACUUUUCUUCUUUGAUCGAUCAAGCUCCAAACUAAAACGACCCGGACCCGGACCCGGUAACCCGUCAUCAGUUUUGGUUCAACCCAGUUACCCAGAGAUCCAGUUUCCUCAUCACAAACAUUCAUAAAGCUCCAAACUUUCUCCCCAAGUUCAAAAACCCAGAAAGCAAUGAAGCUCUUAACCUCCAAACCCACCUCCCUCAGAUCAUUCCACCCCAAAAAAUACCCCACCAAAACAUCCCCACUCCUCUACCUCACCCUCAUCUUCUCCCUCCUCUUCCUCCUCUACUUCUUCUCCCUCAGCCUCUCUUCCCUCCUCAAAACCCAACUUCCCAACUCCCCAAACUGCCCCUCUCUCAAUGGAGACAGGUUCCUCUGGUACGCGCCCCACAGCGGAUUCAACAACCAGCUCAUGGAGUUUAAAAAUGGGAUCUUGUUGGCCGGAAUCUUGAACCGGACCCUGGUCGUGCCGCCGGUGCUGAAUCACCACGCGGUGGCGCUCGGGAGUUGCCCCAAGUUUCGGGUUACGGGUCCGAAUGAGAUCAGGGGUGAGGUGUGGGAUCAUGUAGUUGAGCUCAUUAGGAGUGGGAGGUAUGUAUCCAUGGCUGACAUUGUUGAUAUAUCAUCCCUAGUUUCUUCUCCAUUAGUUCGAGUUAUAGAUUUCAGGGUUUUUAUGUCCUUGUGGUGCAAUGUGAAGUUAGAUUUUGCUUGCCACACUGAGUUUGAUGCACAGCCUUAUUUGCUGGAUAAACUAAAGGAAUGUGGAUCUGUACUAACUGGGGUGAAAGGUAAUGCCAAGUGUGUACAUGCUGUUAGUGAAGACUGCAGAACCACUGUGUGGACAUACCAAAAUGGCAAAGAGGAUGGGGCAUUAGAUUCUUUUCAACCUGAUGAGAAACUGAAGAAAAAGAAAAUUCCAUAUGUUAGGAAGCGACGAGAUGUAUAUAAGACUUUUGGACCUGGUUCCAAAGCUGAAUCCGCUUCUGUGCUGGCAUUUGGAAGCCUUUUCACUGCUCCAUACAAAGGUUCGGAGCUACUCAUUGAUAUCCAUGAAUCUCCAAGAGAUCUAAGGAUAGGUACUCUAAUGGAGGAGAUUGAAUUUCUUCCAUUUACCCCUGCGAUAUUGAGUGCAGGAAAGAAAUUUGCUUUGGAUACCAUAAAGGCUCCUUUCCUAUGUGCACAGCUUAGAUUAUUAGAUGGGCAGUUCAAGAAUCACUGGAAGACUACUUUUGAAGGGCUAAAACAAAAGGUGGAGACUUUGAUGCAGAGCAAUCUUCCCAUUCAUAUUUUUGUGAUGACUGAUCUUCCUGAAAGUAAUUGGACCGGAAAUUACUUGGGGGAUUUGGCUAGAGAUUCAAAUCAGUUUAAACUGUUUAUCCUGAAAGAAAGUGAUGAGUUGGUGAUAGAAACGGCUAAAAGAAUUGUUGAUACAGGUCAUGGUAUGAAGUUCAAUAAUUUUGCAAAUGUUAAUGAUGGAACUGAUCAGAUUAAGAAAAGUUGUCCGUCUGCAGUAAUGCCCGAUGUUCUUCUCUACAUAGAGCAAACUGUUUGCAGUUGUGCUUCUCUUGGAUUUGUUGGGACUGCAGGAUCCACUAUUGCAGGGAGUAUAGAGCUAAUGAGAAAGUUUCGUGCAUGUUUUGACUAAUCUCUGGUGACAUUGAUGAAUGUCUUUUGACACGAUAAUUUCUAGUUCAACAAAGCUGCUGACUUGUGAAAAUUUUGGGCACGUGUGAAAGUGAUGAAACAGUUACUAUCAUGCCAAUAAAAGUUUAAAACAAUCUGGGCUCUUCCUGUGCAUGACUUGAUGGCACCAGCAGACUUGGUGUCGCGAAUCUUCACAUGAUGCCAGAAAGGAAGCGAUCUGUGUAGGGGAGUGGAAGUUGGAGAGGGUUGCAGGUUUGUUAAGGUUAUCUGAUGCUCUGCAAACAAAAUGGGUGAUUCCCAUCAUAUCCAUGGAUGCCCAGUUCAAACUUCAGUUCAAGUCAAUAACUUCUGCCACCUAUUUCGACAUGAUGACAUCGAUGGUUCUGUAGCGAUUAUUUAGUGUGUUAGGCUUUGGUGGUAAUGCCUCCAUUUCAAGGCUGACUGCAUAUUUACAACAUAUUUUUUCACACUUUAUAUGAACCUGGUGCUAUGCAUACAUUCCUAGGCAACCAUUGUUGUAUAUUAACCGCAAAGUUAUCAGAUUUAAAGAAUCAUUCUUCUC